UGAACGGUCGGCUGACUGAGAAAGGGAGUAGGAGGAUGAUCCUCAGGGACUGAAGCGCCUCCCCUUUAAUCGCUCUGUGGAGUUGCUGCUCCUGCUGCUCGUGCUGCUGUUGUCGCUCUCUUCACUCCUACCUUCUCCGUCAGUAGGUGGAGGAUCUCCGGCGCGUCUCAGCGCUCGUGUUUUGUUCCAGGAGAGCUGUUGCUGCCGAUGUGUUUUUCUCUGUGAUUUGUUUUUGGUUCUUGGAAUAAAAAAGGCGUUCGGGGAUUUAUUUCCUCUCCGCGCGGUUCGCUUGUCAUGGACAUGAAGAAACGUGGAGUUAAGCGUCCAAGGUGGCAGUAGAUUUGCUUCCUGCUCUAGAUCCAGCACACACACGGAGCACCUUUUUGAAGCGAGCCGCAAUGGCAAAGUGGCUGAAAGACUACCUGAGCUUUGGCAGCAGGAAGGUGCCGCCGCAGCCGCCCACACCGGACUACACCGAGAGUGAGAUCCUCAAGGCGUACAGACUCCAGAGAGACUUGGACUUCGAGGACCCCUACGAGGACCCUGAGAACAGAUUCAGGGGAGAGUGCGGUACUUCAGAUCCGGGAACGCCGGUGUAUGGCUCUCCCAUGAAGUGUGUGGACGGGAAGUCUCCCAAGCACAGACUGAUCAAAGUGGACUCUCAGGAGCUGGGACGCACCAAAAUCCUCCUCAGUAGUCUGUCUUUGGAAGACCAGCAGGAGCCCGUAGUUCCUUCCGCUCCACUGGCUGGAGACACAGACUAUUCAGAUCCAUUUGACGCUCGAUUAGACCACCGACUAGAACCAGACCACAGACCUGUUCCCUGUGAGAACAACGGCUACAUGGAACCGUAUGAAGCCCAGAGAGUCAUAACGGAGCUUCAGCGUGGUCCAGGAGGAGGCCGGGUGCGUGGAGGGCUGCAGCUCUACGACACCCCCUAUGAAGAUCAGCAGGGCAAAAACAGAGGUUUGGUGUAUGGGGAAGCACAGGAGGAGGGCAAGGAGAGCAGCAGGUUGCCCCAAGAUGACGAGAGGCCGGCUGAUGAGUAUGACCAACCCUGGGAAUGGAAGAAAGAUCACAUCUCCAAAGCAUUCGCAGUGCAGUUUGACGGCGCAGAGUGGGACCGAUCGUCCUCGCCCACGGAACGGUUGCGCUCUCCAGGACCCAGGACCAGCCCGCUGGCAGGAGGAGGGAAAAAGUUUCGAAUGCCACAAGAAGGCCUUACGAUGGUGGGGGAGAGGGUGGACCCUGGGGUUCCUCUGGAGAAGCAGGUGUGGUACCAUGGAUCACUGUCCCGCUCUGAGGCCGAGUCACUGCUAACUCUAUGUAAAGAGUGCAGCUACCUUGUGAGGAACAGCCAGACCAAUCGCACCGACUUGUCUCUGUCUUUACGGAGCUGCCAGGGGUUCAUGCACAUGAAGUUCACUCAGUGCAAAAAUGGCAAGUACGUGCUGGGACAGAACAGCCCUCCGUUUGACUCCAUACCAGAACUGGUUCACUUCUACACCACACACAGACUUCCCAUACGAGGAGCUGAGCACCUGUCCCUGCUGUUCCCCGUGUUGGUGCAGACACUCUGACUCUGAGCUGAACGCUGCGCCUGGACCUCGGUGACUUCACUCCACGUGGGUCACCUUAAAGCUUGAAUGUCAGGGAUCUUUGGAGUGGUCCUGUUGUGGAGGAGAUUGGCUUGGAAUGAUUCUAACUGGCCUUGACUUGGGGUCUGACCCUCAGACAUCACCCCCUACUGUAGUACUUGAGCCAAACGGGUCCAACAUGGAGUAGUUUCUCACAUUAAAGCAAUACCUGAAUUUUAAACCAAUUUGUUUCGGCAGCUUCAUAUCUUUGAAUCAUGAAUUUAUAAAAAUAAAUCUGUCAUCUGAAGUAUUGAGAUAAAUCUGCCGAUGUCAGAUGAGGUUAUUUAAACCAGUGUUUCCCAAACCUUUUUUCCAGGGACCCAUAUUUUAAAAGUCACAAACUUUAGUGACCCAAGUCAAUAGACAUUAUUGGUAAAUCACAAAAUAAAGGUGUACUUGAUCAUUAUUGAACAUUAAUGAGAGAAUUUCAUUGUUGACUGAGUGAUAUCUGAACAAUUAGUAUUACUUUAGUUUUAAACGACAAAGAACAGUAAUUGAACCAGCAACAAAGGUAUCCAUAAUUAGACUACUUGGACAUUAAAUGUAGCCCAUUUCUUUUUCUUUUCAACAUUCAGUUGAACCAGCAACAUCAGAACAAAAUAGUCAAUAAAAUAAUUGCAUCAUUACACGUUACCACAGGUGGAGCUUUUAAACUGGCAGCUAUGGGCCCACCUGAGGGUCGCGACCCAGUCUUUGGAAAACAAUGAUUUAAAGUCUAAAUCUUUGUCCAAAAAUCACUAGGUCAAACCUCCGACCUACUGGCUGCAUUUGUAACUCUCCCAGAGACCUUGAUAUUUUUGUAUAUAAAAGAGGCUUUUAAAACGUCAUUUU